AGAUUCGAAUGUACCCUUUUGCGAGGAGGAGCGGGUGGCGGUCGCGAGCAAGCGCGGGGGCACAGCGAUCAGUUGAGCAGAAAGGAAGGUGCGAAAAGCAUGACUAUCAGAGGCAUACCGAUGAUAUUGGGUAUGAACAAGUAAACGGCUGAAACCAUGCCUGAGUGUGUUAUGGGACAUUUUUUUUUGACAAUGUCUCUCUUCGCUCCCGCGCCCGCCUCAAAGGGGGGGCCUCAGAGGGUACUCGGAGGGGCGCCUGCAACCGCGCGCCGGCGUGCGCGAGUCCAGAUUCCGCCGAUCUCGACACCGGCGGUCGCCGUGGGGAGGAGAUUUUGCGGCCGGAGCGGCGCCGAGGGCGCGCGCGCGAGAAGCUUGACGAACUGUCAUGCGCUCCGCUUGUGUGUUUUUUUUUUUUUUUUUUCGCGGUUCUGUGGAGGAAGAGCGAACGUGAGGGGCCCGGCGGCCUGGGUUUUGACAGAAAAAAAAAACGGCGCGUCGUUUUUAUUUUUGAGCUGAGGCUCAAUUUUGCAUUGAACCCGUAAGGAAUUAGAAAAAAAGGGGACAUGUAUCUCUUGUGGCGUCUCUUUUUUUUUGUGCUGUCCAAGAUAUUUUUUAGCGCAAUAGAAGUGAUUGGCCACGAGAACGUUCCAAAAAAGGGGCCGGUCAUUUUUGUCGGAAAUCACCAAAAUCAAUUUGUCGAUCCGAUGCUCAUCAUGACGUACUGUAAGAGGCGACUCGGGUUUUUGAUAGCGGAGAAGUCCAUGGACCGCUUUAUGGUGGGGUACUUCGCGAGGCAGCUCGGCUCGAUUCCCAUCGUGAGGGCGAUGGACGCGGCCGUGACCGGUCCCGGCGCAGUGACCGUCUCCGGGACGCGAGUGACCGGGACCGGGACCUGCUUCACGGGCAUUGAGCCCGGCUCUCGCCUGCUGUUUCAGGGAGAGUCGGACGGCGUCGACAUCAGGGAGAUCUAUAGCGACACGGAGCUGGAGAUAGCGAAUGCCACGAGUCUCGCGUGCGCCAAGGAUAUCCGGUACAAAAUUUUAAAAAAACAGGAUCACACAAAAGUGUACGAGCACGUUUGGGAUCGGCUGAGCGCCGGGGAGUGCAUUUGCGUGUUUCCAGAGGGGGGGUCUCACGACAGGAGCGAGCUGUUGCCUCUGAAGGCGGGGGUGACGGUGAUGGCGCUGGGCGCCAUGCAGAAGCACCGUCACUUGCAGGUUCAGAUCGUUUCGUGUGGGCUGAACUAUUUUUCGGCGCACCGAUUUCGGUCUCGCGUGAUCAUUGAGUUCGGGAAGCCGUACUGGGUUCCGAAGGAGCUGGCCCAAAAAUACGCCAAGGUCAGCAAGAGAGAAGCCUGCGGGGAGCUUUUGGUGAAGAUCGAGUACCUGUUGAGGAGCGUGACCAUCACGGCCGCCGACUAUCAGACGCUGCGGGUUAUUCACACCGCCAGGAGGAUGAGUCAGCCCGAAGAUAGCGCGCCCAUGCUCGACGAGUACAUGGACCACAGUCGCCGUCUGGCCAGCGAGUACAAAAACUACAAGGACGACCCGCGAAAGCUCUAUUUGCACACCAAAAUCGCCGCGUACAACAAAAAACUGGACGUGCUCGGACUUCAAGACGAACACGUCUGCAGCGGGAGCUACAUGACGAGUCGCUGGCUCUCCGUCGAACUCGCGUGUCGGUUCGCGGGGCUCUUGGUCAUGAUUUCUCUGACCGGACUCGGGGCGGUUUUGAACUCUCCGAUCGCCGUCGUUGCCUACAUCGUCUCAAAGAGACAGGCUAGAAAAGCCCUGGCGGAUUCGACGGUCAAAAUAGAGGGGAAGGACGUGAUCGCGUCCUACAAGCUCAUCAUCGGCCUCGUGAUGACGCCGCUGCUCUUGCUCUUGUACGGCGUGGUCGUGUUUUGCUACUUCGGACUCAAGGCGGGCCGCGAUUUUCCUGGUUGUUUGGCCGUUUUUCAGCUGGGCGUCCGUUCGCGUGAUCGAAGAGGGCUACUACACCUGUUCGUUCCUGCGUGUGUUGCUGGCUAUGCGCUGGUCCGCGGACCAGCUGAAGGAGCUGAGGCGAGAGCGCGCCGCGCUGCAGCUCAAACUGCGCGAGUUCCUGGACUCGAGCAAGUCCACCACGAACGCGGACAAGUACUUCAAGGUGAAGGCGCGGUCUUCUUCGCCGUCGAUAUCCUGGUUUUCCAAUCCGAUCAAGAAGGCGGAAUACCUCUCGCCGAGAGAGGAGGUCAGACUGCUUGGACUGCGCAUCAACGAGAGCUACGAGGACCUGGAAAAGGCCUUGAUUGCCGGCGAAGACUAGGGACCGAUGACGGUUGGCCAACCUUAGAAUAUGCAGCGAAGCGUCGCGCCUUAAAUUUAAAAAAAAAAAUGGCGAGUCGACCUGACGGGCGCGCGCUGUUCUACGGCCCCUAGUCACCGCGUUCUAGUUGCUUUGCGGCGGCCGCCGCUUUUUUCUUUUAUGGUGCGUUCACGGCCCUGUGAGGACGAUGGUGUGCGUACGAGUCGAAUGCGUCCAGGCCCUUUGAGAAGUACCGCGCGGCGAUUUGUGCCCACUCGACUUGCAGCGGGGCCGCGCUUCUGCAGGCCUCGGUCCACGUUUCUACGUCGUCGAUCCACUGCUGAACCUCGACGAUGGGUUCCGACGAGCGGGCGGCGGCUCUGUUCUCCCAGGCCGAGAGGGAGCCCUUGCUUUGCUUCCCCAACUGGAGCAGGACGUCGCGCACGGUUCCGUACCGAGGCCUUCCCGGUGGCGGGAAGAGUUCGCUGAGCGGAGAAGAGAGGUGUCGACGAAGGUAGAGUGCGUUUUGUCUGAGCAAGUAGCACAGGAUCAGCGUUCCGUCCUUCAAGUCGGGUCUUGAGCAUAUCUUGUACAAGGGGGCGAACGUGCGGUCGUCGAGGCUGAGUCCUAGCUGGGUCAUGGUGGAGUAGAGGGCAAAAUAAAACGGAGUGUUUUUUCCAGCAUUU